AUGAGGCCUCCAAGAACUGUCGAUGGAGAACUUUGUUUUCUCUUCUCCCAGGAAGAGAUUGACAAAGCGGCUUCAUCCUUUCGAUUAUCCAUGGUCAUCAAAUUCCUCCGUAAGAGACCUUCUUUAGACAAGAUAAGAGCUUUUAUCUGGAAAAGAUGGGGUCUUUCUGGUACAUGCCUGGUUUCCUCUAUGAGAAGAUUUCGAAAUGUCUUUGUGAGGAUGACAACUGAAGAAGACUUUAUCAAGGCCUUCUCAAGAGAGUCGUGCGAGAUGGAGAGGGUUCCUUACCGUGCUUUCCAACGAACUCCAGAUUUCAAUGAGGACUCCGAACCCCCCUUGGUUCCAGUUUGGAUUUUCUUACCAGACUUGUCGCCGCAUUUUUAUCACAAUUUGAUGCUCAAGAUCCUCACAGCAAGUAUUGGAACAUUUAUCAAACGGGAUAAUGUUGCAAAAUGUGUCACACGCACUUAUGGGGCAAGAGUCUGUGUGGAAACGGAUGCUUCAAAGCCAUCGCUUCAUUCAUUUUGGAUUGGUCACCCAGGACGACCUUUGAGCCGGUUGCAAGAAGUGGUCUUCGAGACCUUGCCAGCCUAUUGCACAAAAUGCAACCAACAGGGUCAUAAUCAGUCCACUUGCAGGAAAAAUGAAAAGAUCCUGAACAAAAAAGAGGAUGGGGAAGCCCAGAAAGGUAUAUGA